GAACCGUAAAUGGGACUGUAAAUGGAACAAUAAAUGGGGAAAAAGUUGGAACUAUUAACGAACAAGAGAAUUCUCCGCCUAGAAGGACACCGAGAAAGAUAAAAAGCAAGCGAACUUAUGAAGAAAUAUCAGACGAAGAUUCUAAGGUUUAUGAUGAUGAAUAUGGUGAAAUCGAUGACCACGAAGAAGAUGACGACGAGAAUGAGGAUGUCAACGAAGAUGACGACGAGAAUGAAGACGAGGAUGUCAACGAAGAUGACGGCGAGAAUGAAGAUGAGGAUGUCGACGAAGAUGACGACGAGAAUGAAGACGAGAAUGCCGAAGGAGAUGAUGACAAAGAUAAGAAGGCCAGGAAGAGAAAGAAGUUGGAGAAAAAGUUGAUUAAUGAUUUUAUUUUGAGAUUUGAGGCGAUAAGUGCAGAUGACAAAUGGAAACUUCCUUCGGGUAGAUUUGUAGAAGAUGUUUUAUAUGAUUGGACACUCGCACAUUCUUUUAUAUUGGAUACUGAUUGUCAGGAAGUUAUGGAUCUGUUUAGUUCUGAGGAAAAAGAGACAAUUUUAAAUACUAAUAAAAAGUCUUUUCCGGCCGUACAAGAUGAUAUCAAAAAAUAUGCCAUGAAAUAUUACAAGAUAUUCUGUUUGAUAAAGAAAAAUGUCGGCGAUCUUCGACAAAUCGUCAUGGAACCAUAUUUGAAAAACGGGGAGAUCUAUAAUCCAAAGUUACAUUAUGAUCUGGUGUGGAUUCACUUAGUAUUCAAUAAAUUUGUUAUUGAAUGGGAACAAGGCGUGAAUGCGUUAGCGGAUGAUAAUUUGGAAGCAUGGAUUGUGAGUCAUGUAUGGACUUUUAUUGUCGAUAUGGCAUUAAAGGACAUUGAAGAAACAAGAAUUGGAAAAUCAGAUGGUGGUUCGUAUGCAUCAAAAAUGCGCAAAAACAAAAAAAGAAAAAUAGGAAAAUCUGUUAUCCGUGGCAGGAAGAUCGACAUAUUACUAAAACUUCGUAAUAGUUCAAGAGAAAUACUAGCUAGUGAGGUUGCCAGAACAGAAGAUAUUCACGAUAAAAAAUAUUUAGGAGAUAAAAUGAAACUAUUAAAACUUAUGAAAGAUAUGAUCGAUUUAAUAAUUGAAUCACUUCCGUCAACUACAAUCGAAAAUUAUGAGAGUCUUUGUACAUUUGGAAUACAACUUUUCAGCGCUAUCUACAUUAUGGAUUGCCCUGGAGGAGUUAUUGCGCGAUUGACUAAGAAAGCACAAUUAGAAGCUCCUAUAUAUAUCGAAGGCAUUUGCGAAUUAAUUUUGUCUAUAGUUGCAAUGUUGGAAUUGUAG